AUGGCCGCAAGCAAGGCAACCCGCUUGGGAGAGGAAAUCUGGAAAACCCGUAUAGACAAAGUCAACGCCGAGCUCGUCACCCUCACCUACGGAACAAUUGUUGCGCAGUUGUGCAAAGAUUACGAUAGCGACUAUGUCGAGGUCAACAAGCAGCUGGACAAGAUGGGAUACAACAUCGGCCUUCGUCUCAUUGAGGAUUAUUUGGCAAAGUCGAAUACAAUGAAAAGAUGCGCAAACUUUCGCGAGACCGCAGACGUCAUUGCAAGAGUCGGCUUCAAGAUAUUUCUAAACAUCACGCCACAGGUGACCAACUGGACGACGGACAACAAACAGUUCUCGCUUGUGUUUGACGACAACCCUCUCGCAGACUUUGUCGAGCUGCCCGAUGACGAGCGAGCGCAGGAUGAGCUCUGGUACUCCAAUAUCUUUUGUGGAGUCUUGCGGGGAGCUCUUGAGAUGGUGCAGAUGCAGGUCGAAGCGCACUUCAUCAGUGACGUCCUGCGAGGCCAUGACACGACCGAGAUGAGGGUGUCAUUAGUGCGGUACAUUGACGACGAGCUUCCUCCCGAAGAUGACUAG